GCAGCACGCGGUGUCCCUUCGGUUGGGCUCGGAGAGCGCGCGAGGCUGAAGUGUGCUUAGGCUGUUUCGUAGGGUGAGGUGGGCCCAACCGCCUGCAUAUUGCAAAGCCUGGCGUUUCGCGUCGUAAUAAUAGAAUGCCAUUGGAUUAAUUGAGAAGAAGGCUACGUAUCCUGUGGCUGUGCUUGCAGGACACGCGGACUUGCAAUGAGGCUGACCGUAUGGUAGCCGAGGGCGUUGUUGUAAACUCAGCUCGGACUAUCGAUGUUCUUCUGUCUUGUCAAGCACUUCCAACACCGCAAUUGUGAACUGUUAAAUUUUUUGAAUAUGGAUAUAACAAUGAAAAAAGAUGACCUUGUGAAGAUUAUUACAUUUACACCACCAUUGUAUAAGCAACGUUACCAUUUUAUUAAGCAGUUGGUAGAUAAGCAUAAACCUAAAAAGGUGGCAGAUUUGGGAUGUGCUGAUUGUAGACUACUCUGGAUGCUGAAAUUCUGCAAUUGUAUUGAAGAACUUGUUGGGCUAGAUAUGAAUGAAGAGGUGAUGAAAGAAAACCUGUAUUCGCUGUCUCCCCUUCCUAGUGACUAUCUUCAGCCAAGUGAAAGACAGCUGACAGUCACCCUUCUUCAGGGUUCAGUUGCUCACAAAGAUCCUUGUAUGCUGGGCUUUGAUAUGGUAACCUGCAUUGAAUUAAUAGAACACCUAGAGGCAAAAGAGCUUGAGAAAUUUCCAGAAGUAGUAUUUGGUUUCAUGUCUCCAGCCAUGAUCAUAAUUAGCACACCAAACUCAGAAUUCAAUUAUUUACUUCCAACAGUAUCAUUUAGACAUCCAGAUCAUAAAUUUGAAUGGAAUCGAACACAAUUUCAGAACUGGGCUGUGGAUGUUGCUGCUCGAUAUGAUUACACAGUAGAGUUUACUGGAGUAGGAGCAUCACCUCAUGGGAAGGAUGUUGGAUUUUGUACACAAAUUGGAGUGUUUAUAAGAAAAAACCUAAGAAAUGUCGAGCCUGAAAGAUUUGAAGAAUGUCAGAGAAGAAUUUAUAAAACUGUUUUCAAAGUCAUAUAUCCAAGCCUUAAAGAUGAAAAGUAUUUGCAGAAUGCAGUGGUCAAUGAAGUUUUUCGAGCAGCAGAGAUAAUUGCAAGGAAACACCUGGACUAUAGAAAAUCUGAAUAUAAAAAGCACUGUGAGACUCUCAUUGGAACAGAAUCCCAAUUUCAGCAAUCUACUUUCCAGAUGUAUUUGGAUGAUUUUCCUUUCUCUGAAGCUGAUAGUAAAAUUAUGCAGCCAAUGGCUAAGGGAAAUGUUAUCUAUGUACCUCUUGCAAAAAUAUUUUCUUUUUCCAAAGUCAAUCAACUUUGUGGUACCUUUGAAAAACUCAAUAAGCUUGUAAGUGGCAAAAUUACACUAAGCCAUGAUGGUUCUGCAGUGAUGAUUGAGAUGGACUAUGAAGAUGAACAACAGGAUGGUGAUCAGAAUUAAAAAGAACAGUUCCUGUCAUGAACAUAAUAGUCUCAUAAUUGAAAUUCUAGUAAUUGCUGGUUUAAAAUUGGACUUAAAUACUAUAAUCAGAUGUGACAUUUUAGCAUUAAAUUGGAUUAUAGAUGGUUGAGUAACUUCUUAGUCUCCAAGAGUGGCUCUUGGUUUUGUUUUUCACCUGAGGAAAGUAGCUUGUUACCAAGGGGCUGUUGCCCACAAAGUGGAUGAGGUAAUAUUAUACUAGGUAAUACUUAAGGGUGAAGGAACCCUUCCUUAAAAAUAUAACAAAAAAUGAAAAAUUCAAACUCAAGUAAGCAAUACAACUUUUCAAACAAUUGGAAGUACAGUGAGAGUGCAGUUUACUACAUAACUCUGAAUAAGUUUGAAUGAAAAGAUGUCAGUCUAAUCACAAAGCAAAAAAAAGUGAUUGAAACAAGUUUAAAAAUUGAUAUUCCUAAUUUUAAUACUGCAAAAAAUAAAAUUUAAGGAGUUUUGUAGUAAAAUAUAGAGAUUGCUGUACAAAAGAUCAUUAGUAUAUACUAGAUAAAAUGAAGUAUUUGCUAGUAAUACACUGAAGUAUGGUAAACAUUGAGUACUUAACUAAAUAAACCCCCUGUAAUCAUGUAUUACGCUUUUGUGCUUUUUCUCCAAAUGUCUUAAUAUUUCUGUGCUACAAAAUAACUUGCUAACAUGUUUGCGUGAUUGAUUUGCAGAGUCUGAGGGGAUAACUAUACAGGUAGUUUCAAUCUUGCUUUCAAAUUCUAUCAGCAGGAAUGACAGAAACUGAUCCUGUCACAAUUCUUUUUUGUGAUGGACAUUCUAAAUCUAAAAUAUUGUUAGUGGUAAGAUGCAGCUCUCACUUUGGUGUCAUUAAACUGGUUAAUAUCAAAUAUUUCCCCUCAGUUACAAUAAAAUAUCUUC